UCCGUCAUGUAGAUGCCCAUGUCCCCAAGAGUCGGGCUAAAGAGGAGCACCAACACAAUGAGCAGGUAGAUCAGGCUGCAAGGAUAGAGGUGUCACAGAUAGACUUAGACUGGCAACACAAGGGAGAGUUGUUCCUGGCUCGAUGGGUCCACAAUGCCUGAGGUCACCAAGGCAGAGAUGCUACCUAUAAGUGGGCACGAGACCGAGGGGUGGAUCUCACCAUGGACAGUAUUUCCCAGGUUAUCCAUGACUGUGAGACGUGUGCUGCCAUCAAGCAAGCCAAGCGAGUGAAGCCCCUCUGGUAUGGGGGGCGGUGGUCCAAAUAUAAGUAUGGGGAGGCCUGGCAGAUUGACUACAUCACACUGCCUCAGACACGCCAAGGCAAGCGCUACGUGCUGACCAUGGUGGAAGCCACCACUGGAUGGUUGGAGACCUACCCUGUGCCUCACACCACUGCCCGCAACAGCAUCCUGGGCCUGGAAAAACAAGUCCUUUGGAGACAUGGUACCCCUGAGAGAAUUGAGUCAGACAAUGGGACUCAUUUCAAGAACAGCCUCAUAUGCACCUGGGCCAGAGAACACGGCAUCGAGUGGGUGUACCACAUUCCUUAUCACGCACCAGCGGCUGGGAAAGUGGAACGGUGCAAUGGGCUGCUUAAAACCACCUUGAAGGCACUGGGUGGGGGGACUUUCAAGAACUGGGAGAUUAAUCUACCAAAGGCCACAUGGUUAGUGAACACCCGUGGUUCCACUUAUCAAGCAGGCCCUGCCCAGUCUGAGCCCUUGAGAACACCAGAUGGGGACAAGGUUCCAGUGGUGCAUAUGAGAGCCAGAAGAGGAAGCGGAAGGCUGGGCCUCGGCCCAUUUCACCCGUGGAGUUCGGACAAGAAGGACGAUCGCCGCCUGUGUGCCAUCCCAGCGUCGGGAAACCAUCAUCAAACCCUGCCCGGCUGUCUUCUCGCUGUGAACUACCACCAUCCAGCACUCUGCUGA